UAAAAGGGAAAGUGUAGAGGUGUAUGGGCUGGUAGCCGGUAUUUGUCUGGUGUACGCUUCGUCUGGGCCAAAACGGUUGGUGCCGCUCUAUGAGGAGCUCUGAAAGCCUGGUCCUUUCCUCAGCCUCCGCCCACCUCCUACCGAAGGGCUGCACAACAAGAAAGAGGAAGUCUCCUCUGCUGAGCGUGCAAGAGGAAGCUCGAGAGGCCUCCGAAGGCCCGUGAGCCUGCUAUCCCCCAUGAACCAAUUGCACAGGCACCCGGAAGCCUGGUGCACCAACCAGGCUGGGUCCUUCGACAUAGAGGGUGUUGCCACCCAGGCUGAGAAUAUUCGGGGCGACUGGGUCUUGCUAUUCGGGUGAUUCUCUCUCUAGGUGGUCAUCAUGUCUUUGACCACUGCCUACCAGCAUAAAUUAGCAGAGAAACUCACAAUUCUCAAUGACCGAGGUCAGGGGGUUCUCAUCCGCAUGUACAACAUCAAGAAGACCUGUUCAGAUCCAAAAUCUAAGCCACCCUUUUUACUGGAAAAGUCCAUGGAAUCAAGUCUCAAGUACAUCAACAAGAAAUUUCCCAACAUAGAUGUCCGAAACAGCACGCAACAUUUAGGACCAGUACAUCGUGAAAAAGCUGAGAUAAUUAGAUUCCUCACCAACUACUACCAGUCAUUUGUGGAUGUCAUGGAAUUCCGGGAUCAUGUAUACGAACUUCUCAACACCAUCGAUGCCUGCCAGUGUUACUUUGACAUCAAUCUCAACUUUGACUUCACUCGGAGCUACCUGGACUUAAUUGUGACUUACACCUCAGUCAUUUUACUCCUGUCACGGAUUGAGGACCGCAGGAUACUCAUAGGCACAUAUAACUGUGCCCAUGAGAUGUUGCAUGGGCACAGUGACCCCAGUUUUGCUCGCCUGGGCCAGAUGGUAUUAGAGUAUGACCAUCCUCUGAAGAAGCUGACUGAAGAGUUUGGACCUCACACAAAGGCCGUGAGUGGAGCCCUCCUCUCUCUGCACUUCCUCUUUGUUCGGAGGAACCAGGGUGCUGAGCAGUGGCGCAGUGCACAGCUUCUAAGCCUCAUCAGCAGCUCCCCAGCCAUGAUUAACCCUGCCAAUUCAGACACAAUGGCCUGUGAGUAUCUGUCUGUGGAAGUGAUGGAGCGCUGGAUCGUAAUUGGCUUUCUUCUUUGCCACGGGUGCCUCAACUCCAGCAGCCAGUGCCAACAGCUGUGGAAGCUGUGUCUGCAGGGCUCGCUGUACGUCACCCUCAUCCGGGAGGAUGUGUUGCAGGUGCACAAGGUCACCGAGGACCUCUUCAGCAGUCUUAAAGGGUACAGUAAGCGAGUGGCAGACAUCAAGGAGAGCAAGGAGCAUGCCAUUGCAAACAGUGGCCAGUUUCACUGUCAACGUCGGCAGUUUCUUCGGAUAGCUGUGAGGGAGUUGGAGACUGUGUUAAAUGAUGAACCAGGCCUGCUGGGUCCUAAGGCCCUUUAUGCUUUCAUGGCCCUGUCUUUCAUUCGUGAUGAGGUCACUUGGCUGGUUCGUCAUACAGAAAAUGUUACCAAGACUAAGACACCCGAAGACUAUGCUGACUCAAGCAUUGCAGAGCUUCUCUUCCUGCUGGAGGAGAUCAGGGCUCUGGUCCGACGACACAUCAAAGUGAUUAAGCAGUACCAUGUCCAGUACCUGGCGAGGUUUGAUGUCCUUGUGCUCAGCGACAUCAUUCAGAACCUGUCUGUGUGUCCAGAGGAGGAGUCCGUCAUCAUGUCCUCAUUUGUUAGCACCCUGUCCUCUCUGAAUCUCAAGCAAGUUGAUAAUGAAGAGAAAUUUGACUUCUCUGGAUUGAGGCUGGAUUGGUUCCGCCUACAGGCAUAUACCAGCGUGCUGAAGGCACCUUUGCACCUGCGUGAGAACCCUGACCUAGCCAAGGUCAUGAACCUCAUCAUCUUCCACUCCCAGAUGCUGGACUCCGUAGAGAAACUGCUGGUGGAAACCUCUGACCUUUCUAUUUUCUGCUUUCAUCUCCGUACCUUUGAGAAGAUGUUUGCUACGACACUGGAGGAACCUUCCAUGCUUCGAUACACCAUUGCAUUCCCCCUGAUUUGUGCUCAUUUUGUCCAUUGCACUCAUGAAAUGUGCCCCGAGGAGUACCCUCACCUGAAGAACCAUGGUCUUCACCACUGCAACUCCUUCCUGGAAGAGCUGGCCAAGCAAACCAGCAACUGCGUGUUGGAGAUCUGUGCUGAGCAGCGGAACCUGAGCGAGCAGCUUCUCCCUAAGCACUGUGCCACCACCAUCAGCAAAGCCAAGAACAAGAAGUCCAUGAAGCAGAGGCAGGCUCCCAGGAAAGGAGAGCCUGAGAGGGACAAGCCUGGAGCAGAGAGUCACCGGAAGAACCGCAGCAUUGUCACUAACAUGGACAAACUACAUCUAAACUUGACCGAAUUGGCGCUGGCAAUGAAUCAUGUGUACAGUUUUACUGUGUUUGAACACACCAUCUUCCCAUCUGAGUAUCUCAGCAGCCACCUGGAGGCCAGGCUCAACAGAGCCAUCGUGACUUUGGCUGGUUACAAUGCCACAACACAGGAGAUCCUUAGGCCUUCUGAGCUGUUGGCAGGAGUCAAAGCAUACAUCAGUUUCAUUCAGUCAUUGGCACAGUUUUUGGGUGCGGAUGCUUCCAGAGUCGUCCGCAAUGCGCUCCUGCAGCAGACGCAGCCAUUGGACUCAUGUGGCGAGCAGACUGUCACCACUCUCUACACAAACUGGUACCUAGAAAGCCUACUCAGACAGGCAAGCAGUGGGGCCAUCGUCCUCUCCCCAGCCAUGCAGGCCUUCAUCAGCCUUCCCCGAGAUGGGGAGCAGAACUUCAGUGCGGAGGAGUUCUCGGACAUCUCUGAGAUGCGAGCCUUGGCUGAAAUUCUUGGUCCCUAUGGCAUGAAGUUCCUGAGUGAAAACCUAAUGUGGCAUGUGACCUCUCAGAUUGUGGAGCUGAAGAAGCUGGUGGUGGAGAACAUGGAUAUAUUGGUUCAGAUCAGAUCCAACUUCAGCAAGCCAGACGUAAUGGCGUCUCUGCUGCCCCAGCUGAUGGGGGCUGAAAAUGUGCUGAAACGAAUGACCAUCAUUGGGGUGAUUCUCAGUUUUAGGGCUAUGGCCCAGGAGGGCCUGCAGGAGGUUUUUUCUUCCCACUGCCCCUUUCUCAUGGGCCCUAUUGAGUGCCUGAAGGAGUUCGUCACCCCAGAUACAGACAUCAAGGUCACCCUGAGUGUCUUUGAGCUGGCAUCUGCUGCAGGGGUGAGCUGUGACAUUGACCCAGCCCUGGUAGCUGCCAUUGCCAAUCUGAAAGCUGAUAACUCAUCUCCUGAAGAAGAGUACAAGGUAGCAUGUCUGCUCUUGAUCUUUCUUGCGGUCUCCCUCCCACUCCUUGCCACUGACCCUUCUUCCUUCUACAGCAUUGAGAAGGAUGGCUACAACAACAACAUCCACUGUUUGACCAAAGCCAUCAUACAGGUGUCUGCUGCCCUCUUUACUCUGUACAACAAGAACAUUGAAACCCACCUCAAGGAGUUUCUGGUGGAAUUAUGUCUUCAUUCUGAGAGGUACACACCAGGGACAGUAGGCUGGUUAGAGGGUCUCUGCUUAAGCAGGUGGCUUCUGUCAGCCUCUUGCAGCUGGGCCAGGAGACUGACAAGCUCAGAACCAGAAACCGUGAAUCCAUUUCUCUGCUCAUGCGAUUGGUGGUGGAGGAGUCACCCUUCCUGACUCUGGACAUGCUGGAGUCCUGUUUCCCUUAUGUCCUGCUACGCAAUGCUUACCGGGAGGUUUCCCGGGCCUUCUACCUGAACCGUCUGCCAGCCAGUACCCACUGAAGGGCCUUGUGGAGGUGCCAAGAGCCACACCACAGUGAAAGCUGCAGCCGUUUCCUCAAAAGGGGAGAAGAGAGGGAAGUUUGCCAGGGAGAGACAGGGUCAGGCCCUACAGCUGGUGACAGGGAUGUGGAGGAGGAUCUGGAACUGAGGAAUCAUGGAGAAGCGGGAUAGGAUGGGGCCAUGGAGGACAGUUUAUGGACAAAGGGGUGUGGAACCACAUGUAUGAAUUUUUAACAAUGAAAAAAAAGCCAGUGACCUAUAACCGUGUUGUAUAUCUUAUGGUGAUUCCAGCUUGAGCUCUGACAGGCAUGGGUCUCUCCGACCUUCAUCACUAUUCUAGGAUAAUGCUGGCGGGCAGAGAUGAUCAAUCAUCGUAUUAAACCAUAAUGAGCUUAUAAUCCUCCCUCUGGAGCUGCUAUUGUCUCCUGCACAUUCAUUAGGACGAUUAUCUCCUCUCUUCCUUUUCCAAAUGUGUUCAGCAAAUGUCCAGCCUGCUCCUACUGCUGCAGAGCAGCACAGGGACCCGCUUCUCCUUGAAGGGCUCUUCCUCCAAUUCUGCUUGACUGCCUUCUCCACUGGGGCAGGGAGGAAGUGCCUUCCAAAGGUUUCAGGGCCAGCUUACUCUCCUACCUAAGGUCUCACCCCACCUCCUUUUCCUUGUGUGUCUCCAUAACCCAGAACAGAGGUGGGCAAUCCAGAUCAACCCUAGGUCACCUGACAGCCAAGUGAACCAAAGUCUUCCUAGACCAUUUAGGAGUAUUCUAAUUUAACCCUAAAUCCCCUUGUCAGCCUGAGAACAGCUGCUGCUCCAGGCAGGGACUUCUCUUGAAGAUCUGAUAUUUCACAGACCUCAUUAGGUUGGAAGGCUCAUGACUGUGGCUCUUUGAGGAAGUACAAGCUGUUUCAACUUAGCCCUUUUCUGCACCAAUUAGAAUUUCAAGUGUCACAGAGCCCGGGGCAUUUAAGAUAGCACUUAGCUGGGUUUAGUAACUCCAUGGCAGAAAGCAGUAGCCCCAUGCUUCACUCACAGACUCAUUGCCAGGGAGUAACAGAUCAUAUGUGUCACAGGUCCAGAAUAGUUGGAUUGGGAAAAUAUAAUUAGCCAGCUGAUUAAUUAGGGUCAUGUCCAUACUUCCACAAUGAAAAGGAAGCAAUUGUUGUUGGCUUUCAGCAAAACCAUCCGGCUUUCAUUAAACCAAUUUGAUAGCUGUUU